AUGGCAAUAAUUAUUUUAAAGAUUUUUUUUUAUUAACUACAUCAACAGCAGUUUCAUACAAUAAUUAUUUUAUACAUGGAAGUUAUACAUAUAAGUUAUGGACUCAAUGAGAUUAGUAAGUUUGUUGCAGUUAAUAUGUGGGUUUUUUUCCCCAUAAACAUUUGCAUUCUAGUAAAUUUAAGGUUUAUCAAACAAAAAUUAACAAUUGGGUAGUUAUUGACACAUGGUCUGAAAAAUUAGUUUCUGGUAAGUAUACUGCUAUGGCAACAGGGAUCUUUUAUUUGUCUGCUAGUGUUAUUUUUAAAGACAGCAAUGGACCAAUUUAUAUUUUAUGAUAGCUGUCAAUAAUCAGUUAUCAAAACAAACUGCUUUAUAUGCAACAAAAGGAAAACCAUCAGUAGUUCAAGACAUUCUUAGUGUGUCUGGAGCCUUAUUUAUUAAAAAAGAUUCUUAUGUUAAUGUUUUUGUUAUGAUUGAAAAUGAUAAUAGCUGGUCCAUAGAUAUUGAUUCAACUUUUUCAAUAGUGUUUCUUGGGUAUCAGACAAAUAUUUUUGGUGUAACAACAGUUCUCACAAAUAGUUUAGCUUACACUACAUCUGGUUGGUUUAAGAUUGGAAAAUGGAAAUCUCAAUCUGCAGCAGGUCCAUUUUUUGAUUUUGGAGGAGGAUUUAAUCCAGACACUGGAGAUUUUGUUGCUCCUAAAGCAGGUUUUUACAUUGUGAGUGCUGGAAUAAAAAUGGUUCAGGCAAGUGCAGUUGGUUCUACUUUUACUUUAAAUGUUGCUGUUAAUGGAAAUCCAUCUACUUUACAAUACCAAAAUGGAAUACAAGACUAUCUUCAUAAUGGUAAUGUUGCACCUACUACAAAGUAAUAAAUAAUAAAAGUAUUUAAUACGGAGAAAUGUGACAUUGGAUAAAGUCUUAACAUUCAUUGCCACAAAACUGGAUUUUCUAGAUAACAAGGUUUUGUUCAAUUUAAAGAUCUUUCUUGUGAAAAACAAAAAGAAAUAAUAUGGCGAGCAAAUUUAAAAGGAAAACAUAGUUCAGUAAAAAUUAUAUGUUGUUAUCAUGUGCAAUUCUAUGGAAAAUAUUUCGAGAAAAAAAUUAAAGUGCUGCAAUCCUUUUGAAAUAAACAAGAAAAGUAAAAGAUUUACUAUAAAAGGUAAUAUAAAGAUUUCCAUAGACAUGGCAAAAUUUUUGCAAGAAAAUAACGUUUAUGUAACCCCAGGUUGGAAAUUCUGCAGUAAAUGUUACAAAAAAGCAAUAGAAACUGAAGAAGAUUUAAAUUCACAGGAUGAACGGGAAUCAAAAAGUAAGAAAAAAACCACUAUAGAAUUGCUUAGAAUUUCACCAGUCAAACUAAAAAGUCUUUCAAAACACAGCAAAUUGCCUAAAGCAAAACAAAAGUUUAAGAACACUAUUGACAGAGUUGCAAAAAUGGUCUCAUUAGCAUAAAAUAUUAAAGAAACUUUUUUAACAACAGAAAUUAAAAUUUUAAACAACAACAUUAACAAUAGCUAUGAUCUAGUGAUUUUAAUGUUAUUUUAAUGUUGAAUUAAAAAAAAAUUUUUAGAGACUGACUCUUAUUGCCAUAAGGUGCAAAUGUUAACGCUUGCACCGAAAUCAUGGACACGUACAAAGAUAUCAAUUAUAUAACUGAUUUAGAUUUAGAGAAUAUAAGCUGUUGGUUACAAAAAAUAUUAAUUACAUUUAAAAUAAUUUUGUUUUUAUUUUAUUUACCUAUUUGCAUUUAAUAUUUCUCUUUUUUCUUUUUUUCAAAUCUUUGGAUUGUAGGCUGAGAAGGAGGGGGUGGGAUUUAAAUAAAUUCCAAUCUCCACCUAUUAUUUUAAUGACUGUAUUAGUCUUGAACUACUAAAUAAUAUCAUAAAGAUAUUGCUUGUUAAAAUGUUUGAAAAAGAUUUUAAUAUUUUUUGUUUUAAAAUUAAUAACUUUUUAAAUCGUGAAAAGAUCUAGAAAAUAAGAGGUAUUUAUUGAUUUGAAAAUAACUAAAAUAAAUUGUUUCUUAAACUUAAAUUUAAAAAAAUAUAUGUUUUUAAAUUGUAAUUGGAUAAUUUUUUAUUAUUUAUUCAUUUUAUGUAAAAAUAAAAAAAAAAAUUAAAAAAACUUGGUAUAUGGGGGAGGGGGGGCAUAGGUCAAUCAAGACCCCCUGGACCUCCCUUAAACCAUGACUACAAAUGUCGUAAACUAUUCAACAAAUAACACUAUUUAAUGUUUUACUCAAAUAAAUGUUUUUAAAAAUAUUUUAAUUGCUUUUGUUACAAAAUUUAAAUUUUUCUAAAAAGACUACUAGACUACAGAC